CGUUCCCCUCAUUUCCUCUAAAAGAGGAUUCUGAUUGUGACGGAUCUGAAGCCCAAAACAUUAAUCUGACUAUUGGCUUGCAGGAAGCAGAGACUUCUGUAUGUGAGUGAGUGAUUCCACCCGCUGGGACCCGAGUAGAUAAAAGGAAACUGAAGAUGAAGCCCGCUGCCACCUAUGAGCUACUGGUGGAUGGAAUUGGGCAGUGGGAUUUUACUGGAAAUUUUGUUCCUUGUGAGCUGUUGCUCACAGGAGACGCUGCAUUCCCAGUGUUGGUGAGCCCUGAGAAGCAGGUACUGAUUGCUGUUUCUCACUAUGGGAAAGGCCGGAUGGUGGUUGUUUCUCACGAGGAAAUCCUGAAGAAUCCCAACUUUUCCCAGUUCCUUAGGAAUGCUGUGGACUGGCUCAGACCCUCCCCAGAGGCACAGGUCGGAGUCCAUAGGAGCCUGGAUCCCCUCUCUCAGCUGCUCCUAAGGUCCAGCACUAAAGUGCAGCCCGGCGUGGGGCUCAGUGCCUCUCUAGGCGUGUACUGUACAGAUGCCUAUGACGACGCUCAGGCAGAAGAGCUGGUCCACUUUGUAAAGGGAGGUGGGGGCCUGCUCAUGGGUGGUCAGGCCUGGUACUGGGCUAGUCAACAGAGUGCGGAGAAGGUGCUGUUCGAAUUCCCUGGGAACCAGGUGACCAGCGUGGCCGGCGUGUACUUCACUGGCAAUACAGUGGGGUCAGGGAUCUUCAAAGUCUCGGGAAAGAUCCCAAAGAUCCCCUUGAUCGUCCCGCAUGGGGCUAAUCUCAGCCAGGAUGCAGAGCUUCUCCUCAAGGGUGUGUCGGAACUGGAUAUAGUGACCGGCGGGGUGCCCUCCCAACUGCUGGUGCAUGGGGUGCUGGCCUUCCCCCUCGGCCUGGACAGCUCCCACCGCUGCUUCCUUGCUGCAGCGCGCUAUGGCCGGGGCCGGGUGGUGGUGGCGUCUCAUGAGGGCCAGCUGUGUGCCCCAAAGCUGGCAGGGUUCCUGCUCAAUGCUAUAAACUGGUUGGAUGCUGGGAGGCAGGGACUGGUUGGGGUUGCUGCCCACCUCAAGGGGCUGUGUUCCCUGCUGUCCCAGGAGGACUGGAAGUACCAGGUAUCAGCGCUGACGAGCAACAUGAGCGUCUACUGCUGCCCUUCUCACAGCGACCAAGAGGCAGAGAAGAUCCAGGCCUUUGUGGCGGAGGGGGGAGGGUUGCUGAUUGGGGGGCAGGCCUGGUACUGGUCCUCCCAAAAUCAAGGCCAAGCUGCCGUUGCCGGAUACCCUGGCAACAAAAUCCUCAACCGCUUUGGGAUCAGCAUCCUGGGCAUGAACCUCAAGGCUGAUAAAUACCCAGCACUGCUACCAGGGGAGCUUCCCCAUCACUACCACUUCCGUCAAGCACUCUCCCUCUUCCAGAGGCACGUGGGGGACAAGGAGGAGGCACUCAGAGCCCCCCUGGCAGACUGGCUGCAUAGGCUAGGGCAGGACUGUUCUGCCUUCCUGAGGAUCCCAGCUGAAGACUGCCCCGCAUACUCCUCACUCCACCGUAUCCUGCUCAAAGUGCUGCACAGAGGUGGGAUCCCGCAGGUCAGCAAGAAGAACCCGAUCAAGAGCAACUCCAAGGAGGCAGCCCUGCUGUGCCUGGCAACACAGCUGUCCCAGACCAUGACGGACUGUGCUGUCCUGGUGCAGAAACCCACCGAUGGGGUCUGCACACUCCCAUCCAGCUCUCUUAUCACCCUGGAAAUUGAUGGCACAAAUACAGGUGGGACAGCAUGGAUGAGUACAGGACUUUACCUACCUGAUGGGAAUACGGCAAUGAUAACAUUUCCUUGCAUGGCGACCAGUGCUGGUCUGCAGGUGCAGAUCGGGUGUCACUCUGAUGACCUGACUGCUGCGAAGGAGCUGAAACGGGCCCCCAUGGUGAUACGCAAGUGCCAGGUCAGCUGCCAGAAGCAGUCAGUCUCCUGCCUCUGGGGCGGCCUCAUUUACAUCGUCGUGCCAGGGGGAAGCCAGCUGGGCAAAGUGCCCAUAACUGUGGAAGGGGCAGUCCAGGCUCCCUACUUCAGAUUGGGAGAGACCUGUAAAUGCCAGUGGCUGGCCAGCAUCCGGCACUACCCUGCACCCUGGGCCGAACUAGCUACUGAGAACAUUAUCCUGACUGUGUCUGCUGACAGCAUCCGCCAUAUAGAGAACCCAGAGCCUCUUCUGACCCUCUGGGACCAGAUCAUGAUGGCUAUAGCUGAGUUGGCAGCAGCACCAGCGAAGUUCCCAAGGCCAGAGAGGAUUGUUACAGACGUCCAGAUCUCAGCUGGCUGGAUGCACGCUGGCUACCCCAUCAUGGGCCACCUGGAUUCGGUGAAGGAGAUGGUGAAUGUGGAACACAUGCGAGCCACUGGCCUAUGGGGCCCCAUCCAUGAGCUGGGACACAACCAGCAGCGGGCAGGCUGGGAAUUCCCCCCUCACACUACUGAGGCCACCUGCAACCUGUGGUCUGUCUAUGUGCAUGAGAAGGUGCUGGGGAUCCCCAGGGACAGGGCCCACCAGGCUCUCCAGCCACAGUGUCGGAAGCAGAGGAUCACAGGUUAUCUGGAGAAAGGGGCUCAGCUGAAGGACUGGAGCGUGUGGACUGCGCUGGAGACGUACUUGCAGCUGCAGGAGGGCUUUGGCUGGGAACCCUUCAUCCUCCUCUUCUCUGACUACCAGAAAAUGUCCAACAUCCCCAAGGACAACCCCUCCAAGAUGAACCUGUGGGCUGAGAAGUUCUCUCGGCAGGUGAACAAGAAUCUGGCUCCUUUCUUUCUGGCCUGGGGCUGGCCUAUCAAGGAAGACGUCUCCUUGGAACUGGCUACUCUACCAAACUGGGAGGAGAACCCAAUGAAGCUAUACAGACCUGGGAAGAAAUAAAGUGUGGGCAUUUUGUCUCCAGAACUAAUCCAAUAGCUACUUACCUUUCCUUUAAGUUGUAUCAGACUUUGCACUGGUCUAGCAGGUAUACUUGGUGCUGCCUCAGCGCAGGGGCCUGGUUUAGAUAAUCAAUCAAGGUCCCUUCCAGCCUGACGUUUCUAUGAUCGUGCCAACACACAGUCUGAUUCUGAUUUUAUAUACAUAACCUCUGUCCUUCACUGGACAGUGGGAUAUGGACUUACUAUUCCCCUAUCUUUGCCCUGAAUUCCAUAGCUUGUUGCUCUCUGUGUGAAAUCCCCACCCGCCCCAUGCAGAGGGUCAGCAAAGGUCUAUGUGACACCCAAAUUCCAUGUAAACCGUGUUUUGAGGACUUAAGUAGUGCAUAGGCUUGGUGCUGACCCUCUGCCUAGGGGGGAAUUUCAUCCCUGCUGGUUUACUUCCUGCCGAACCUGUCUCUCUAUGCAGAUGGGUGGACUAGUCACGGGGUUAUUUCAGGGAUUACACAAAAGAGAUCCAUAUCCUUAUUGCUAACAAUGGCAAAGACAAUAUUGGUUUCUUCUAGUUUAUUGUUUUAAUGUAGGUAACGCUAGACCUUCAAUAUACAUUUCAUUGGUCUUAGUUCUUAUUAAGAUUUAAUCUCUCUAAUACUGGAUAAGGUUCCACACCCACAGUCUUAAAACCAAGUGAUCUCAUACUGCAUUUAUCCAAUUGCCAUUUAGCUGAGAUUUCAAAUACUGGUGCUUUCUUUCAGUUGUGCAUUGCUGAUCUUCAUUUUUCUUCUGUCUCAGAUGUAUUCCUGAUUUUCUGGGAUACCAUCUGUGAAAAUGCAUUGGUUUAGACUUCUGCAUCAUAUUCCAAAGAUACGUUCCAUUCUUUUUUUCCCAUAUUGAUUUGAGAUAUUCUUCCAGUAGACCAUUGUCCCUCAUUCUCCAGGCAGAAGUUCAGCACAGGUGUGGACAACACUUAAAUCCCACUUUGACCCUGUUUUGAAGGCUCAAAAUACAGUUUACAUGGUGCUUAGAUUUUUGUCCUGGCCUUAUAUAGAUGGUGAAUUUCACCCUUGGUGAGUGUAUAAGCAGAGGACAAGAUAUGAAUGGAUAUAAAAGAGUUGCUCAAAAUCCUGUCCAUUUUAUUAUAGGACUGUCUUGCUUAAGAGGUGGGAUUAUUUAUUUUUACUCACCAAAAAUGGACUUAAAAAUCCAAAAAAGAGCAGGCCACAUAUGGCAAAUUACACCAGCUGAGGGUCUGACCUGAAAUGCUUGGAGACCUACAUUAAUGAAAUCCAAAUGUAAACUAACCAAUCUCAUUUUACCAAAAGAGAGAGAUCUGUUCUUUAGCCAAAAUAUGCUAUACUGUGAAAUGGGGGCUAAAUCAGAGUCCUAUUGGCACAUCAAGGAGUCGAAUUCAGAUGUUCAAAGGUGCUUUGCCAAGUGCUCCAAGUGCAAGCUUGGGCCUCCGGUGUGAAAGCAGGGAGCCCAGUCGGUGACUGCAGCAACAAAACAAGAAACUGUUGUGUAGCGACAGAUCUCAAAAUAAUAAAUGAACAUUUUAUAGCUAUUGUGAAACACUAGUUUAGGGAGCAGGAUCGAAACAAUUCAAUGCGCUGUCCAGAAAAAGUUUGUGACAGUGUUGAAAAUAGCCCUUUAAGGAAUUGAAGUGGAAAAAGUAAAAUUGAGCUGGAGGCUCCAUUAACUUCAGACUAAAUAAAGCCAGUGACUAAAGAAUUGACCCUUCCAAUAACCUUUGAGAACCAAUGAGUUCAAUUGUGAGCUGUUCAAAUUAAAUAUAGAUUUAUUAGCUUCAUUCAUGCAGUCAGUUUUGACUUUGUUGAAAGAUGGGUUGCUAGUGUCUGUUCUUGAUCUGUUGUCCCUUGCUCUGAAAAGGCAAAAAAGACCCUCCUGAUACUGGCAAAUCAAAGUUGAUUUUAUUUCUACAGUAUGAUUGUGAGACUAGCCAACACACUUGCAGACAGACUACAAAAUAUAUAGGUACAAUAAUUCUUCAACAACAAACGGUGUAUGAAACAAAAAAUCUUUGAGGCCAACACCACCGGAACGUCUAUUAGAUUCUUUACUAGCAAUUUUUGACAAGAAGAAAAUUGCACAUAAGCAAGGCUUUUCCUAGCAAUUUUUGACAAGAAGCAAAUUGCACAUAAGCAAGGCUUUUCCCCUUAGUGGUUGUAAAGCAUUCAAUAGCUUUGAAUGAACUACUGUUUUAAUAAUAAAUCCAAGCUCUGUACCAUACGCCACAGGUAGCGAUGGCCUCAGUUCUUCUCACUCAAGUGAAUCUAACUUAAGAAGUACAACGCAAGUUUGCCCCAUUUUCCUGUUGAUUAUUCUAGUCCUUGAACUUCUGGCAAGAGCCAUAGAAAGGAAUCCACCAGUUUAAGGUAUGGUGGAUUAGAGUGGAAGGAGGGGAAAUUAUGCUGUCUGCAGAUUACAUUAUCUAUAUAUCAUACCACUCUUCAGGUAUUUUAAUACUUUGUAUAUGUAUAUUACAUAUUUGCAGUUUCUUCCCAUCCCUAAAUCUACAUAGUUUAUAUUGUUAUUAUUAUUUAUUAUUACUAUUAUGGGAAAGUGAAAUCUGAAUAGACCCCUUAAACCAACUUGCCUCUGCAACUGCUGCCCCACCUCCCUACUCCCAUUCAUCUCUAAGCUCAUCAAAUGUGCUGUUUACAGCCCCUGUUUGGUGUUUCUCUUCUCCAGUUCCCUCUAGACCCUCUCCAGUCUGACAUCUGGCCCUUGCAUGCCACUAAAAUUGUGCUCAUGAAAGUCCCAAAUGACUUUUUACUUGCCAAAGCAGAGAUCCAGCAUUGCAUCCUCAUCCCCCUUGAGGAAUUAGCUACCUCUGACACUCUUCUUAAAAAUUUUAUCCUCUCUUGGGUUCUGUGACUCUGUUCCCUCCUGGUUCUCUCUAAUUGCUCCUUCAGCAUGGCCUUUGGAGUAUUCUCAUCUGCCCUCCAGCUUUCUGUCCCACAGACCUCUGCCCUUGGUCUCCUUCUCUUCUCCCUCUAUACCUUAUCUCUGGGUCAUCUCAUCUGCGAAUACAAACUUAACUACCAUCUUUGUGCUGAUGACACAUAGAUCUACCUCUCUACUCCAGGCCUGUCUCUCUGACAUUUCCUCAUGAAUCUCUAGCUCUCAGUUCAAGCUCAACAUGGUUAAAACAGAGCUCCGGAUCUAUCCCCAAGUCCUACCCACACCUUCUUUCUCAAUCACUGUGAACAACACUAUCUGGCCUGUAACUUGGGCAUCAUUUUCAACUUGAUCCUCUCUGUAAGUCCUCACAUCCAGGCUAUGGCUAAAUCUUGCCAAUUCUUUCUGCAAAGCAUGUCUAAGAUAUGGUCUUUCCUGGCCAUCCACAAAUGUCUCCUAUUGUCUUGUGUCUCUGUUAUGGCGAUAUCCUCUCUGGCCUGACAAAUGCAAUCUUGCCCCAUUUAUCUCCAUUCAGAAUACUGCUGUCAAACUCAUUCCCUAGUCUGUCAGUCUGACCAUGUCACCUUCUCUUUGCAUCCCUCUCUUGGCUCCUAUCACAUCAAACAGAAGCAGCUGGUCUUUAUUUUCAAGGCCUUUCCUCGCAUACCCCAAGGUAUAUACCUAUCAUCUCAUUUGCUAUCAAAAUGUCAACUCCCAUCUUUGAUUGGCCCAUGAUUCCAGCCUCCCUCGUCCCCUGGUUAAAUUUUCAAACAAGCACCUUUGUGCUUUCUCCCAUGUUGUGGUGUGCUGAGAUCACACACUAUCAUACUGACCAAUGCUGUUUCACUGUUGCCUUGUACUCACCCAUCGGCUUGUGUGUGCCCAUCUGUUGUCUCUUGUCUCAUACCUGGGGCAGGUCUACACUACAGUGGGGAUCAACGCUCUGAGAUUGAUCCACCGGUGGUCGAUUUAGUGGGUCUAGUAAAGAACAGCCAGAUCGACUGCAGAUGGCUGUACAGUUGACCCCUGUAUUUUACCCCUAGGGUGACCAAAUGUUCCGAUUUUGUAGGGACAGUCCCGAUAUUUGGGGCUUUUUCUUAUAUAGGCUCCUG